CACAGCUGUAAAUGCAUGUCCGUAAGUGGGAACUUGCCCCUCACAUCUGGUGAAAAAUUUGUGGCGUUUUGCUGUUCUCUGGUCCUCUUUGUCUUUCAUAUCAUCUUACUUGUUAUACUCAUCAGGGUUCUGUUCUAUUCUGAUGCUUCUCCUUUCGAACAAUUAUUAUACAAUCUCGGGUUGUUGUUUGUUUGAGUAGGGGCUCGCCAACCCAAGGACAAGUGUUUCCCUUUUCGGGGCUCCUCCUUUUUCUUGCACUUCUGCAUUUUUUUUUCUCAUUUGUCUUUCCAUGUUCCAUCACUUCAACAAUAUAAACAAAUCUUGCCAAAAUAUAUAUUGCUUCCUAUUAGUUGUUAGUUACUGAUCUUCACUUCAUCCCGUUUCGUCCAUUCCCUCAGUUACCAUAAUCCUCUUUGUCUUAUGUCUCUCUUUUUUCUCUUUCUUUUUUUUUACCCCUCCACCCUAUAAUUAGAACCAAAUUGCAUUUUCUCUUGCUUGAGUUGAGUUCUCUUUCAUUACACCAUAACCUUUCCAACCUUACAAAAUUUUCAUACUUUUCCUUCUCCCUAAAAUGGGUUUUGAUCAUUAUGUCAUUUGUGGUCAAAGACUUGGCUUCGUUGGCAUUUGUCUUUUGUUUCUGAUUAUUUCAAGCUUGAUUCAGAAGGGUUUGGUUAUUGAAGGUAGAAAGACUCAAAAACUAAGUCAUUUUCACCAGACCGUAAAUGAGGAUAAAAUUAUGCUGAGGCCACGAAUAGGCUCAAGGCCACCAAAAUGUGAGAGAAGGUGUAGGUCAUGUGAGCACUGUGAAGCAAUUCAGGUACCCACAAACCCCCAAGCGCAAAACCGAAAGAAAAACUCUUCAAAGUUUUCUUCAAUUGCAUAUGCCAGGGUAGGUGGCAGUUCCAACUACAAGCCCAUGAGUUGGAAGUGCAAAUGUGGGAACCUCAUUUUCAACCCCUGAAUCCAAUUGUACCAACAUUUAGUUCAUUUAUAUAUAAUCAAGGAUAUCAAUUUGGCAAUUCUGUACAUGAUUAUUAGACACUCUUAAGUGAUUCUUUCUUUGGAACAAGCUCUCAUCUAAUUUAUUUUGUA